CAUAAGCGGCAGGGCACUCGGGUCUGCCAGAGCGCACCGACCUACACAUACACACACACACUUACACAUUUGUCACAUUCACACACAUACACCGUUCACACACUUAACACACCCACCCUCCCUCUUCAAGGCACCCUGCGCGACCUCUCACCAUUGGCCAAGUCCCGGAGCCCUCAGCAUCUCCAUCACGGCUGAAGGGACCAUUCGGGAAAGCAGGAGACAGAGGUGGACUAUGAGGAUGCUCGUGCGGCUCGUGUUGGGACUCUUCGUCCUCAAAGCGGUGGUGGCCAGCCCCAGAUUUUCCCGACAAGUGGACUUGGACACAUACGACAGUGCCAACUAUGAUGUGGAUCUAGACAAUUUAAAUUUGGAGAACCCGGAUGUCUAUGACUACGAAGAUAGGCUGACAAUUGAUGAUCCUCAGAUAGAGAUUGGAACACUGGCCCCACCCGACUAUAACUAUCCUGUGCCCGAGGCCUCAUUGGAAGAACAAGAACAAGAAGAGGAAGAGGAGGAAGAGAUGCCCCUAAAACCCCAGUUCAUCCCUCAGGGUUCAGGAGGAUCUGGGGUUCUCAUGGGUCCAAACACACAAAAAGAGGUGGAGCUGCGUCUGACGCCCAUUGACAUCCUUCAUGUCUCCGGGGAUUUUGGGGGCUCCGUAGGGUCUGGAGCCUCAGGAGCUUCUGGGGUUUCUGGGUCUGGAGGCUCGGGAGACAUAUCGGUCUCUGGUGGCUCCGGGGGUUCUGGUGACAUUAUAUUGAUCUCUGGAGCCUCUGAGGAGCUCGUUAGCUCUGGGGGAUCUGGGGAAUUCUUGGAAUCUGGGGAUAUCUUGAUAUCUGGGUAUCACUCAGGAUUUGAGGGUCUCUCAGGAUCUGGGAUUAUCUCAGGAUCCGGGGAUGAAAUGGGAUCUUCAAUUUCUGGAGCCUCCGGAGACAGUGGCUCUGGAGAGGUUUUCAUUGAAUUCCCCUUGGGUUCUGGAGGGUCUGGGGACCAGCCCGAUUCUGGGUUCUCCGGAGAGAUCUUGAUCUCAGGGGCCUCUGGAAGCGCUGGGGUUUCUGGGGACUUCUGGGAAGAGUCUGGGCACUCAGGGAUAACAUUUAUAUCUGGAGAGGAGGAGCUGCCCCUCAUUCCUGAGACUAUCCCCAGUGAGGCAUCAGGUGAUUCUGGGGAGAUCUCAGGAGCUUCAGGAACCUCAGGGGCCUCUGGGGAGCCUGAGGUCUCUGGGGAGCCUGAAGUCUCUGGGGAACCUGAAGUCUCUGGGGAGCCUGAAAUCUCUGGGGAACCUGAAGUCUCUGGGGAACCUGAAGUCUCUGGGGAACCUGAAGUCUCUGGGACUUCAGGUGUCUCUGGCUCUGAAGAGACAGAGGUACCUGGGGUAACUCUGGUCCCUGACACUAAAGAGGAGGGGCUGCUUCCGACUACACCACAAACCCCUCAGGAGGGUGCUGGCAGUGUAGAAGGGUCAGUGAGCUCUGGAUUGCCAGAGCCUGAUGAACCUGAUGAGCCUGAUGAGCCUGAGAUUGACAGGGAAGGUAUGCCCACUUGCUUGCUGUGCACGUGCCUUGGUGGUUCGGUCUACUGUGAUGACUUGAAGCUGGAUAGUGUACCACCUCUUCCCAAAGACACCACUCACUUCUAUGCACGCUACAACAGGAUCACCAAGAUCAACAAGUCCGACUUCGCCUUCAUGAACAAGCUGAAGAGGAUCGACUUAACCGCCAACGCGAUAACAUCCGUUGAUGACAAAGCAUUUAUGGGUCUUCCUGAGCUGGAGGAGCUGGUGAUCCGAGAAAAUCAUAUCUCACAGCUGCCUGCCCUCCCAGAGACCAUGACCUUGAUCGAUGCCAGCCACAACAACAUUGGCUCCAAGGGCAUUCACAACGAGGCGUUCAAGGAUAUGACUAGCCUGCUGUACCUGUACCUAACAGACAACCACAUUGAUUACAUCCCUGUGCCUCUACCAGACAGCCUGCGAUCUCUACACCUACAGCGUAACAAUGUUCAAAUGAUGCACGAGGACACGUUCUGCAACCUGAAAGAUUUCAACUACAUCAGGAACGCACUGGAGGACAUCCGUCUGGACGGCAACCCCAUCAACCUCAGCAGGACCCCGCAGGCUUACAUCUGCCUGCCCCGUAUACCCAUCGGGGAUCUCGUUUAACCACACAGACACAUACCUUACACUCUUGCACACUGACUCCCACAAAUACAACCACAUGCACACAUCUUUGUACAUAAUGACACACACAACCACACACGCAGACAUGCAUACCAUUUAUCACCUCCUCAAACGAACAGUCAAUCUCAAUAACGUAUUUCAAAACUGUUAUAAAUGCUGCUGAUGUAUACUACAGAUCAGUAAAUCUCUAUGUGGAAAUUUAUGCUUCAUAAACAUCCACAAACACAUGAAUUAUGAGUCAGAUUCUGGUGAUCAAGCACAUAUACACUGCUCUCCUGCUUCCCGAUAUAUAUAUAUGCCAGGUGUAACACAACAACACAACAUACACACUGAAACUGUAACUCUCUCAUCCCGAAAUGCAUGUAUACACACAUACAAAUACACACACACAUUCACACAAGAACUUUAUCAAAAGCCAAACUGUUCCGCAACUUGAUUAAGAUUUUAAAGAAAUAGGUGACAUUCGGAGAAAUCAGUUUAUUAAAACCCUCAAAUGGCAUGUAUGUUUCUGUUCAGUGUCUGUUCACGACUGGCAAGAAAAACAACCAGUAAUAUUGUUUAAAUAUGUUUGUUUUGUAAAAAAUAAAAAUAAUAUUAUAUUAAUGACGAAUCUAACACUUUUGGAAAUGUAUACUAGCAUAAACUUAUUGAAGCUGGAGCUUAAUGAAAGGUAAAUUGAGUAUCUAAUGCAAUAAAAGACGCAUUUAAACACAAUCAUUUGUUGUAAAGUCUGUACUGUAAUAUAAAAAUAUAUAUUCUGAAGGAAAAAAAAGAAGAUUUUUUACAUGAACUGCAAUAUUUGGUAUAUUACAUUUCAAAAAGUGAUGUUUUAACCGUGCACAAUAGCUUAUAACAAAGACUCUAAUGUCUAGAGUCGAUCAAAUAAAGACUAUUGUUUGAUUUGGGAGGGGGGGGGUUGUUGAUUUUGAUUGUGGAUGGGGUUAAGAAUAAUGCUAAUAGCCUGCUAUUGUGUGCUCUGUAUGGAAUAACCACAAGUGAAUAAAGUUGUU